GCCUCCACAACAGCACUCUUCCACGACCAGCGCCCUCGGCGACAUUGACGCCUAAUGCGAAUGCCUUCUGCUCUGAGCCCUCGCAUCCUCGCCCUGUAGCGCCCGUGCUGUGCCUCAAAGACUCUUUCUUUCUCGCGACGUCUGUACCUCGACGCACCUCCCGCCGCAAGUCUAGCCUUCACCACGACCCACCUACAUCCUCAAUAUCCCCCAUAGCCCCGCCAAUAUGGCUCACAUCUACGACGUCGGCACGCGGGCGUGGCAGCCAGACGUCACCGACGGCUGGGUGGCCUCUGAGGUCGAGGACAAGAUUGUCGAGGGCGACAAGGUCAAGCUGAUCUUCCGCCUGGACAGCGGCGAGGCCAAGACCGUGACGACCACCCUCAAGGCCAUCCAAGAUGGCUCCGAUCCCGCCCUACCCCCCCUCAUGAACCCGGCCAUGCUGGAGGCCAGCGACGACUUGACGAACCUUUCACAUUUGAACGAACCCGCUGUCUUGCAGGCUAUCAAGCUGCGGUACUCGCAAAAAGAAAUUUACACAUACAGCGGUAUCGUGCUGAUCGCAACGAACCCCUUCGCCCGCGUGGACUCGCUAUAUGUCCCUGGGAUGGUGCAGGUGUAUGCCGGCAAGCAGAGGAGUUAUGGCGCCCCGCAUCUUUUCGCUAUUGCGGAGGAGGCUUUUGCCGACAUGCUCCGAGACAACCGAAAUCAGACCAUCGUCGUAUCUGGCGAGUCUGGAGCCGGAAAGACUGUCAGCGCCAAAUACAUUAUGCGAUACUUUGCAACACGGGAAGACCCAGACAAGCCCAGCAAGCGGGUCAAAGGCCGGGCAGACACCAUGAGCGAGACUGAGGAGCAGAUUCUGGCCACGAAUCCCAUCAUGGAAGCGUUCGGUAAUGCAAAGACGACGCGAAACGACAACUCCUCCCGUUUCGGCAAAUAUAUUGAGAUCAUGUUCGACAAGAAGACAGACAUCAUUGGCGCCAAGAUAAGAACGUAUCUGCUGGAGCGGUCGAGGCUCGUUUUCCAGCCGUUGAAGGAGCGGAAUUAUCACAUUUUUUACCAGAUGGUUGCGGGUGCUACGCCAGAGGAGCGGAAGGAGUGGAGCUUGAGGCCGGUUGAAGAGUUUGAAUAUCUCAACCAAGGGAGCGCGCCGGUCAUCGAUGGAGUGGACGACAAAGCCGAGUUCGAUGCGUUGAGGGCUUCGUUGGCUACGAUCGGUGUGGGACCGGAUACUCAAUCACAGAUCUUCCGGUUACUCGCCGCGCUUAUGCAUCUUGGAAAUGUCAAAAUAUCUGCCUCGAGAACGGAAUCGUCUCUUUCUCCGGAGGAGCCAGCCCUCGUCACGGCUUGCGGACUUCUCGGGAUUGAUGCCAACAGUUUUGCCAAAUGGACUGUCAAGAAGCAGCUCAUCACCAGAGGCGAGAAGAUCGUGUCGAAUCUCACCCAACAACAGGCCAUAGUAGUUCGGGACUCGGUUGCCAAGUUUAUUUACUCGAGUUUGUUUGACUGGCUCGUGGACAUCACGAACCAAAGUUUGGCUACGGAAGAAGUGCUGAGCCACGCCAACUCAUUCAUUGGUGUUCUGGAUAUCUACGGUUUCGAACAUUUUGCUAAAAACUCCUUCGAGCAAUUUUGCAUCAACUACGCCAACGAAAAGCUGCAGCAAGAAUUCAACGCCCAUGUUUUCAAACUAGAACAGGAAGAGUACCUCCGCGAGCAGAUUGAUUGGACUUUUAUCGAUUUCUCGGAUAACCAGCCUUGUAUCGAUCUCAUUGAAGGGAAGAUGGGCGUUUUGUCGCUGCUCGACGAAGAGUCUCGGUUGCCCAUGGGCUCGGAUGAGCAGUUUGUGACGAAGCUUCAUCACAAUUUCGCUGCUGAUAAGCAGAAGUUUUAUAAGAAGCCAAGAUUUGGGAAAUCUGCUUUUACUAUCUGCCAUUACGCCGUCGAUGUCACAUACGAGUCUGAUGGCUUCAUAGAAAAGAACAGGGAUACCGUGCCGGACGAGCAUAUGGAGGUUCUUCGGUCAUCGAAUAACAAAUUCCUCGGGAAGGUCCUGGAGGUUGCGGCGAUGAUUCGGGAGAAGGAAUCGGCUGCCACGGCCUCGACGAAACCGGGCGCAGCUAUGUCUGCCGGGCGCAGAAUUGCCGUCAACAGGAAACCAACGCUUGGUGGCAUCUUCAAGUCAUCUUUGAUCGAGCUUAUGGGCACCAUCAAUUCCACCGAUGUCCACUAUAUCCGUUGUAUCAAACCCAAUGAAGCCAAGUCAGCCUGGAAAUUCGAAGGUCCCAUGGUUCUCAGCCAGCUCCGCGCUUGCGGUGUUCUCGAAACUGUCAGGAUUAGUUGUGCUGGAUACCCGACUCGAUGGACCUACGAGGAAUUCGCGCUACGCUACUACAUGCUCGUCCCGUCAUCGGGAUGGACUCCAGAGAUCCGGCUUAUGGCGAACCAGAUCUUGAAGAGAGCGCUUGGUGCGGGCAAAGGUGAUGGAACGGACAAGUACCAAAUGGGUUUGACCAAGAUUUUCUUCCGCGCUGGUAUGCUUGCGUUCUUAGAGAACCUGCGAACUGCACGUCUCAACGAAGCGGCCAUUAUGAUCCAGAAGAACCUGCGGUGCAAGUACUACCGCCGCAAGUAUCUAGAGGCUAGGAGUGCGAUCAUUGCAUUCCAAUCACUUGUCAGAGGCCAUCUGGCCAGAGAGCGUGCGGAAGAGGCUCGACAAGUCAAGGCGGCUACAACCAUCCAACGUGUCUGGCGCGGACAGAAGGACAGGAGACAGUUCCUGUAUAUCCGGAAAAGCAUCGUUCUGUUCCAGGCUACUGCGAAGGGUUAUCUGGAGCGCAAGAACAUCUUGGACACCAGGCUCGGCGCGGCUGCGAGGAUGAUUCAGCGCAACUGGCGGCAAACGAGGCAGCUCAAGUCCUGGAGGAAUUACAGGCGGAAGAUUGUCAUCAUCCAGAGCUUGUGGCGCGGAAGGAAAGCUCGCCGCGCGUACAAGGGUCUGCGCGAGGAGGCGCGCGAUCUCAAGCAGAUCUCGUAUAAGCUGGAGAACAAGGUCGUGGAGCUCACGCAGUCGCUGGGUACGAUGAAGCGCGAGAACAAGACGCUCCAGGGCCAGGUCGAGAACUACGAGAGUCAGCUCAAGUCAUGGAAGACGAGAAACACGGCGCUCGAGGCGCGCAACAAGGAGCUCCAGACCGAGGCCAACAAGGCUGGUAUCACGGCUGCGCAGCUCUCGCAAAUGGAAGACGAGUUCAAGGCUCUGCGCCACAAUUACGACGAGAGCACGGCCAAUAUGCGCAGGCUGCAGGAAGAGGAGAAGCAACUGCGUGAUUCGCUCAAGAAGACGACUGAUGAGCUGGAGCAGUCGAAGAGGCGGAGCACUACGUUUGAGUCGGAGAAGUCGUCGCUCAAGCAGCAGUUGGUCGAUCUGCAAGAUCAGUUCGAGUUGCUCAAGCGCAGCGGACCGAUCAAUGGCGAGUUGCCGAAUGGUAUGGGACAUACCGUCCAACCCGCCAGCAGCCUCAUUAAUUUCGUUUCGUCGAAGACGCCGAAGAGGCGGAGUGCGGGUCCCGAGCGCGCGGAUCUCGAUCGCUUCAGUGCUACGUACAGCCCCAGGCCGGUUUCUAUGGCUAUUGGCUCGACAGUGCACCGACAGAACCUCUCUGGGUCUACCUUUGCCCCGAUAGAUAACGUGGAGCUGGAGCUUGAGAGCAUCUUGGCCGAUGAGGAGAAUCUGAAUGAUGAGGUCACGCUUGGUCUUAUCAGGAACUUGAAGAUCCCAUCGCCAACUACGACACCGCCGCCAACGGACAAGGAGGUGCUCUUCCCAGCAUACCUCAUCAAUCUCGUUACUUCGGAGAUGUGGAACAACGGCUUCGUUAAGGAGUCGGAACGCUUCCUCGCCAACGUCAUGCAGUCGAUUCAGCAAGAGGUUAUGCAGCAUGAUGGUGACGAAGCUAUCAACCCGGGCGCGUUCUGGUUGUCCAAUGUGCAUGAGAUGCUGUCCUUUGUCUUCUUGGCCGAGGACUGGUACGAGCAGCAGAAGACGGACAACUACGAGUACGAUCGCCUAUUAGAGAUUGUCAAGCACGAUCUCGAGAGCCUUGAGUUCAACAUCUACCACACCUGGAUGAAGGUGCUCAAGAAGAAGCUCCAGAAGAUGAUCGUCCCCGCCAUCAUCGAGUCGCAGUCUUUGCCCGGAUUUGUCACUAACGAGAGCAACCGCUUCCUCGGGAAGUUGCUGCAGAGCAAUAACACGCCUGCGUUCAGCAUGGACAACCUACUCAGCCUACUUAACAAUGUGUACAGGGCCAUGAAGGCGUACUACCUCGAAGACUCGAUCAUCACCCAGACCGUUACGGAGCUGUUGAGGUUGGUUGGUGUGACGGCGUUUAACGAUCUGCUCAUGCGGAGGAAUUUCCUCAGCUGGAAGCGUGGUCUCCAGAUUAACUAUAACAUCACGAGGAUUGAGGAGUGGUGUAAGAGCCACGACAUGCCCGAGGGGACACUGCAGCUGGAGCAUUUGAUGCAAGCAACCAAGCUCCUGCAACUCAAGAAAGCAACCCUCAACGACAUCGAAAUCAUCCAAGACAUCUGCUGGAUGCUGUCGCCCAACCAGAUCCAGAAGUUGCUCAACCAGUACCUCGUCGCCGACUACGAGCAGCCCAUCAACGGCGAAAUCAUGAAGGCCGUCGCGUCGCGCGUCACGGAAAAGAGCGACGUGCUCCUCCUCACCGCCGUCGAUAUGGAGGACUCCGGCCCUUACGAGAUCGCGGAACCCCGCGCCAUCACGGCGCUAGAGACAUACACGCCCAGCUGUGAGUUGUCCGCUUUCAGUCAAAUUAACCACGACGUCAAGAGGCGGAAUGGGGACCGGUGGGUGUGGAACUACUGGUGGUUGAAGCGGUUGAGGCGGUAUUACAGUCUUCACGGUAUAGGUAUCGACAACCACCACCACCAGUUUGAGUUUUUUCAUGAGGAGAGCGGAUGUGAGGAGAACUAUUUUUAUCGUAUGGAGGCUGAUCGUUUUGUGUGUACAGGGCUGCAAACACCGAGAUUGAAGCGCUUGGCGGAGAUUGUGAGCGCGCAGGCGAUUGCGCAGCAGGAGAAGCUGGAGUUUGACGGUGACGAGCCGAAUGGGGUGGAGAAUGGCGUGGGCGAGGCGAAUGGGAAUGGGGUGCAGGGGCUGGCGAUUCAGGAGGUUGCGGGGGUGUAAGUAUCUCACCUUUUCUCGUCGUCAUUGCUGCCCACACUCCUACACUUUUCCCCAGCGAGCGUGGAGAACUGGGGGUGACGGCGACGGCGACGCAGGGAGUGAAGGUA